UCAGAUCUUCCACAUGGGGUUAGUUUUGCAUCAGCAGCAACAGGUUACGAUGAUUUUACUGCCAAUAUUUCGAGCGUCCUGGCAGUAUCAAAAACAGCUAGAGUAUUUAAGCAUUACAAGAUCCAUCUGAGAGAACUAGUGGGUGCAGAAAGAGCAGAAUUCAUAGUAAGAAAUGCCCUUUACAUAGUCAGUAUGGGCACAAACGAUUUCCUGCAGAACUACUUCUUGGAUCCUACUCGCCCUAAUCAAUUCAGCAUGCCACAAUUCCAGAAUUUCUUGCUCUCCCGCUUUUCUCAUGCCAUUGAGGCAAUGCAUAGGCUAGGAGCAAAUAGAAUUGUCGUGGUAGGGGUGCCACCAAUGGGAUGCAUUCCACUGAUGAAAGCGUUGCAGAAUAAGAAAAACUGUGUGGCAAGCUUGAAUAAAAUAGCUUACUCAUUCAACGCAAGACUAUUGCGCCAACUGGCCACCUUGAAGGCAAAACUGGGCAUAAAAACUGCCUAUGUUGAUGUCUAUAACUCUAUGCUCAAUGCUGUUUUGGACCCCAAAAAAACACGGUUAGUACUUGGUUUUGAGGAAGGAUCAAAGGGAUGUUGUGGGACAGGGACAGUGGAAUAUGGGGAAUCAUGCAGAGGAAUGGAGACAUGUUCAGAUCCAACCAAAUACGUAUUCUGGGAUGCUGUUCAUCCCACAGAGAUGAUGUACAACGUUGUUGCUGGUGCAGCUAUUCAUUCUGUCGCUAGAGAACUCACUUCAUAGUUCAUAGUCUCCACUGUUUCUUUUAUAUUAUCAGGCAAAUGCACUCUUUUUUCUUUCUCCUUGUCCCUGAAAUAUCGUAUGAUCAAGGUUCAAGUUUAGGAAAACUGCACCAGCAGAUCAAAGACAUGUGAAAAAGUUGGGUUACAAGUUUUAAAUGCCACAAUCACCGGUUAAGAUUGUUUAACGUGCGGUUUACAAUAUUGCUUCAACUUUGUUAGAUUGUUUUGCGGACUCACUGCUUUGUUUGAGUGCUACGAAACAGAAGAAUAAUCUCAUGGAACUUUAAUAAUAAUGAUCUUGUUUUCGUGCCUACAAGUUUGGAAAUCCGAACGAGGCUCAUAUUUGGGUUCACACGUAAUCUUGUUGUGCAAGCAAGCACCUGCUUUGCGGCGAGGAUUUAUGUUAUAUUCCCCAACCGUGUGGAUUCCUUAUUGUUAAUCAUCAUCCUAGCUAGCUCUAUUAUCAUGUUUAUGUUUUAUUAAUUAUUAAUUGAUUAGUUAAUCUCUUCCUUAA